AUGACCCUCACUCAACAUAAAAGAAUUCACACUAAAAAGACACUGUUCAAAUGUGAAGAAUGUGGCAAAGCUUUUAAACAGUCCUCAAAUUUUACUGAACAUAAGAGAAUUCAUACUAGAGAGAAACACUACAAAUGUGAAGAAUUUGGCAAAGAUUUUAAGUGGUCCUCAAAUCUUACUGAAAAUGAGAUAAUUCAUAUUGGAGAAAAACCUUGUAAAUGUGAAGAAUGUGGCAAAACUUUUAAGUGGUCUUCAAAACUUACUAGACAUAAGAUAAUUCAUACUGGAGAGAAACUAUACAAAUGUGAAGAAUGUGGCAAAGCCUUUUACUCCUCCUCAAACCUUACUUUACAUAAAAUGAUUCAUACUGCAGAGAAAACCUACAAAUGUAAAGAAUGUGGCAAAGUUUUUUUUUUUUUUUUGAGAUGGAGUCCCGCUCUGUCACCCAGGCUGGAGUGUGGUGGCACGAUCUUGGCACACUGUAACCUCCGCCUCCCAGGUUCAAGCAAUUCUCCUGCCUCAGCCUCCCAAGUAGCUGGGAUUACAGGCACUUGCCACCAUGCCCAGCUAAUUUUUGUAUUUUUAGUAGAGAUGGGGACUCACCAUGUUGGCCAGGCUGGUCUCAAACUCCUCACCUCAAGUGAUCCACCUGCCUCGUCCUCCCAAAGUGCCCCAAAAUGCUGGGAUUAUAGGCAUGAGCCACUG